AUGCCUCAACGCACUUUCCUCUGUCGGCUCAUUUUCUGUGCAGUCUUUAGUGUCUCCAUCAUCAACGUCUUCACCAAGGCCAGUUCUCCUUCAUUCUUCCUUCGAUACUUCAAACCAGAAGCUCGCCUCCAAGACGACAUAUUCUGUUCGCAAUCCGAGAUUGCCGGCGACGUUCUUGUCGUCCUACGCACUGGUGCCACCGAAUCCCAUGCGAAACUCCCCGUUCAUUUCAAGACCACACUAAGAUGUGUACCCAACUUCCUCGUCGUAUCCGAUCUUGAUGAAGAGAUCGAUGGUCAUGCUGUGCAUGACGUUCUGGGAGGGGUCAGCGAACAAACCAAGCAGAGCAGCGAAGACUUCAAAUUGUACCGAAGACUGCAAAAGCAGGGCAAGAGGGGGCUUGGAGACCAACAAGUAAUCACAGCGCAGUCCGGAUCCUCCAAAGGCGAUUACUUGAACACAGAAAAUGAAGGCUGGAAGCUCGACAAGUGGAAAUUCCUGCCCAUGAUUGACGAAGCGUACCAGCAUAUGCCAAAUGCGAAGUGGUUCGUCUUCAUCGAGAGCGACACCUACCUCGUCUGGAACAACCUCUUGGAAUACCUGAGCAACUUCGACGCGAGCAAGCCGUACUACAUUGGCAAGCACCUGUACAUUAACGACAUUGAGUUUGGGUACGGCGGUGCGGGAUUCGUUCUCUCUAACCCGGCCAUGCGCAAGGUGUCCGAACACCGGUCGGUGCGCAUCCGCGACUACGAGGACUUCACUUCCACGCACUGGGUCGGAGACUGCGCGCUGGGCAAGGUUUUCGAGGACAUCAAGAUCCCUCUCCACAAAGCGUUUCCCCACCUCCAGGGCGACUCGCCGGCGACACUGGAUCCGGCUACGGACAAAAUCGGCCGCAACGCGUGGUGCUAUCCAGUAGUGACCUACCACCACGUCUCGCCUGCCGAGAUCGAAGAGUUGUGGGAAUUCGAACAGAACUGGUUCAAGAAGCACGAUGUAUUGCUUCGACACCGGGAUAUAUUCAUGGAGCACGUGCGGCCCCAGAUCCGAGCCUCCAUCCCGGAAUGGGACAAUAUGUCUGCCGACAAGGAGUUCAACGCCCACGAUCAUGGCAGCUCAGCCAACCCCCUCGAACGGAAUUCGUGGAAAUCGUUCGACCACUGCUUCGCCCUCUGCGAGAGCAAGAAAGAGUGCGUCCAGUUCUCCUUCGACUCGGGCAGCUGCUCGAUAUCGUUCGCGUUCCGUCUGGGCUAUGCGAAGCCGAAGAGGAAGAUCGCGUCCGGGUGGAUGCCCGACAGAAUCGACAGCAUCUUCCAGGAGCUGGAGAGCAAAUGCGGAGUGAGGGAUUGGUUUGGCCCCAAUGAGGGCUCUGCCGUCAAAAGGCGCAGAUAG